ACGCCCUCGGCCACGCCGGAGGACAUCACCUGCCUCGUGCCCCCGGCCGGGGUUCUCACGCCCAGGGACCCCUUGCCGCCCAGCACCACCCCCGGCAGCCAGGCGAACAGCUCCCAGUCGGGCAGCUCGCAAACCGACAAAUCCAACAUCGAGUGCGUCGUGUGCGGGGACAAGAGCAGCGGCAAACACUACGGCCAGUUCACCUGCGAAGGAUGCAAAAGCUUCUUCAAGAGAAGCGUAAGGAGAAACCUAACUUACUCGUGUCGGGGGAAUAGGAACUGUCCCAUCGACCAACACCAUAGGAAUCAGUGCCAGUUUUGUCGAUUGAAAAAGUGCCUGAAGAUGGGCAUGCGACGGGAAGCGGUGCAAAGGGGACGAGUGCCACCGUCGCAGCCGUCGCUGCCAGGUUUGCCGGGGCAGUUCGCCCUGACGAACGGGGACGCCGUGGCGUGCGCCAGCCUCAACGGCCACUCGUACCUCUCCUCGUACAUAAGCCUGCUCCUCAGGGCGGAGCCGUAUCCGACCUCGCGCUACGGCCAGUGCAUGCAGCCCAACAACAUCAUGGGGAUCGACAACAUAUGCGAGCUGGCCGCGAGGCUCCUCUUCUCGGCGGUCGAGUGGGCGAGGAACAUCCCGUUCUUCCCCGACCUCCAGGUCACCGACCAGGUAGCCCUCCUCAGGCUAGUGUGGAGCGAGCUGUUCGUGCUGAACGCGAGCCAGUGCUCGAUGCCGCUCCACGUGGCGCCCCUCCUGGCCGCGGCCGGCCUCCACGCGUCCCCGAUGGCCGCGGACCGCGUCGUCGCCUUCAUGGACCACAUCAGGAUCUUUCAGGAGCAAGUGGAAAAGCUCAAGGCCCUCCACGUCGACUCCGCCGAGUACAGCUGCCUCAAGGCCAUCGUCCUCUUCACCACAGACGCGUGCGGAUUGUCGGACGUGGCGCACAUCGAGUCCCUUCAGGAGAAGUCGCAGUGCGCGCUCGAGGAGUACUGCAGGACCCAAUACCCGAACCAGCCGACGAGAUUCGGCAAGCUGUUGCUCAGAUUGCCGUCCCUGAGGACCGUCUCGUCCCAGGUGAUCGAGCAGCUGUUCUUCGUCCGCCUCGUCGGGAAAACGCCGAUCGAGACGUUGAUCAGGGACAUGCUGCUCAGCGGGAGCAGCUUCAACUGGCCCUACAUGUCCACGAUGUGACAUUCUGUUUGGCGACACUUGGCUUCCGCGUAAU